AUGGCGAAACGACAAGCGGAGGACGACCUUGGUGAGGUGGACGAGUCUGCAGCUAAGCGAUCUCGAGUGGAUAUCGCAGAUUUGUUGGGUAGCGACGGCGACGUGGAAACCCACCUGAGCAGCACAGGCUCUGUACAACAUGCCAGUGGCGACAACCUCGCGCAGAGUUCUGGCGAGAAUGUGUCGUCCAAUGGAAACGAUACUGGAGCAGCAGUAACUCUCCAUGCCCAGGCUGAUCUGGGCGGCAACGGCAAUGCCUUACGAACGGCAGUCGCGGAGGCUCCAGUCAACGCACUCAUGGCCACUUCGAAUGGACAGGAGCACAAGGGUACUGUCGUGUACAUCGCAUGCACCCAGCAUGAGCAUGACACCAUCGCCGACCAAGACAUCCUGGGCGUAUUCAGCGACGUAAAAAGCGCAAACGAAGUAGUGAUCAUGGAGUUUCUGAAUUACCAUCAAUCAGGAGAGUCCGGCGAUGACCGCGAGAGAAGCUUUGGGGAGCAUGGCGAAGUUUCGUGUUCGUUCCAGCCUCAAGAAUGUGGCGAGGGUGGGAUGCAGUUCUGGGUGGAACGGCAUGUUGUCGAUAGGCCGUCGAGAAAGACUUAUGAAAUCCCGAAUGCUGCGGCGGAAUUUGAUGGGGCCUUCGCUGGGUAUGAGGACGACGAUGAUGGUGCUGAAGGCGAUCUCGACGGUUGA